AUGGAUGUGGAGGCGGAGGAGCGUUGUCGCCCCUCCUCCUUCCCCCCCAACGGCCGUGAUGGGGGGAUUGCUGGACCCUCCCGUACCCCGGGAGUAGUUCCUAUUGAGGCGGACUCUAAGGCCCGGAAAAAGAAUAAAAAGAAGAAGGGGAAGAAGGGUAAGGAGGGCACUGCGCCCCAGGUCCUCCCAAUCCCGGAAGCUCCCCGAGUGAUGGGGAAGGAAAGUGCCCAGGGGGGCCUCGAGGGUAAACUGAGGGGGCUCGUAGGCCAGAAGGAGAGCCAGAAGGGGGGAGUCGCUGCCGCCUCACGAGAGGCCGGGAAAAAAGUGCAGCCUGCUAGAGGGGUCGCGACCCGCUCCUCCUCCCAGCCGUCCACGUCGGACGGCUGGAAUAAGGUGGUUGGCAGGAGAGCCAAGCAGACCCAACCAAACUCAGGGGGGGUUAAACCUUCCCCUAUUGCCGGGAAAAAUCAACCCGCCAAGGGGAAGAAGGAGGGGAGGCAACUGUCCACCCCCGGACUCCAGGAAAGGGACCGGAAGUGGGAAACCUUCCCCAGAUCUAUCUGGGGCAAUGGGAGGGAGGGGGUGGGAAGGGUGUUCCGCGCCUAA